UUUCAUCACAAUUCACCGCACGCACAGAGUUUCUUGAUUUUCAUGCCAAACCCUUCUUUCUUUCUUUGAGAGACACUCUGCCAAUAUAUCACUAGAUCCACUCCUUUGUAUUAUUUGUAUGCGUUUUUAUAUACAUAUCCACUAAAUUCAAUUGCACAUCGAGAUUCUUUCUUUCUUCCUUUAUUUUUUUUAAAUAAGAAGAAAUAAAAAGGAUUUGGGCUUGGGAAAGAAUCGAAGAAAGUGAGGGAGAGGGAGAAUCUUUUAUCUUUGUGCAUGUUGCGUACAAAAUCUUUAAAGCGAAAUCGUGCAUACGUUAACCCACGACUCCCCACGACGCUGCUCCAAGAUUUUGUUCUCUUAGUUCUCUGGAGCUCUCCAACAUUCUUAUUUCUUCCCUUUCCCUCAUCCACUUCUCUCAUCCACCCCAAUAACUCAUCGUCACCAUCAUCGUCGUACACUACACACACAUGACAUGCAUGUAUCUGCAUUAAUUCCUUAUAAUAAGUGAAAACACACACACACACACACGUACGCUAGCUAGCUAGCUUGUGGUUGUGGGGUAGUUUUAAAUAAAUAAUAAAUAACCAAUGGGCGUCAACAACGGCAAGCUUGUUCUGUUAACAUUUGCUAUAUGUCGUUUGAUAGUAACGGUGGGGUUAACGGAGCUGUUCGAUGUGGCACUAGAGGGUGGAGUGAGCGUGGAGAGGCAAGAAGUGGAAGCGGCUUCGGUGGAUUUCGGGAUGUUGGGAAGAGGAGAGGCUUUGGCGGUGGUGCAGGCGGCGUCGGCGGAGGACGUGGGAAAGGCGGUGAAAGCGGCGUUUGAGUGGGGUUUGGCGGUGUCGGCACGAGGGCACGGGCACUCGAUAAAUGGGCAAGCGUUGAUAAAAGGGAAGAAGAAAGGGGUGGUUAUAGAAAUGGGGAAAAAGGGUGGUGAAGGAAUGAUAAGAGUGUGUUGGGAAAGAAUGUAUGUGGAUGUGUGGGGUGGGAAUUUGUGGAUAGAGGUUUUGAGUGCAACAUUGGAGUAUGGGUUGGCUCCCAUGUCUUGGACCGAUUACUUGUAUUUGUCUGUGGGUGGAACCCUAUCCAACGCUGGGAUCAGUGGACAGACCUUCAAUCACGGUCCUCAGAUCACCAAUGUUUAUGAGCUCGAUGUCGUUACUGGAAAGGGUGAACUGUUGACGUGUUCAGAAGAUCGUAACUCAGAGUUGUUCCAUGCGGUUCUUGGAGGUCUUGGACAAUUCGGAAUCAUCACAAGGGCUAGAAUUGCUCUCGAACCAGCUCCUCAGAGAGUUCGUUGGAUACGAGUACUGUACUCCAAUUUUUCAACCUUCUGUAAGGACCAGGAGUUUCUCAUCUCUCUGCAUGGGAAACCAGCAAGGCAGAGAUUCGACUAUGUAGAGGGUUUCGUGAUAGUGGAUGAAGGGCUCAUCAAUAAUUGGCGAUCUUCAUUCUUUUCACCAAGUAACCCUGUCAAAAUCACUUCCCUCAAAGCUGACGGAGGUGUUUUGUACUGUUUGGAGAUUACCAAAAAUUACAACCAAGAGAACGCCGAUUUUGUUGAUGAGGAGAUAGAGGGUCUAUUGAAAAAGUUAGAUUUUAUACCAACAUCGGUGUUCACAACGGAUCUGCCUUAUGUGGAUUUUCUGGAUCGUGUACAUAAGGCUGAGCUCAAGCUUAGAGCCAAGGGUUUAUGGGACGUCCCUCAUCCAUGGCUCAACCUUUUUGUUCCAAAAUCAAGGAUAGCGGACUUCGACAAGGGUGUGUUCAAGGGCAUUCUGGGAAACAAGACAAGUGGGCCUAUCCUCAUUUACCCUAUGAACAAAAACAAGUGGGACCAUCGGAGCUCGGUGGUGAUACCAGAAGAGGAGGUGUUUUACCUGGUGGCAUUUCUGAGAUCAGCAUUGGAUACUGAGACACUGGAGUACCUGACUAAUCAGAACCGUCAGAUUCUGAGAUUCUGCCAUGAUUCGGAGAUCAAGGUGAAACAGUAUCUGCCCCAUUACACAACACAGCAGGAGUGGAUGGACCACUUUGGAGAUAAGUGGACCCAAUUCAAUGCCAGGAAAAUGCAAUUCGAUCCUCGACGAAUCUUAGCCACGGGCCAACAAAUAUAUGAAUUUGAGCCCUCCCUCUCCGUCACCAAGGAUGACAUGUAGCAACAUGCAAAACAACUUCCGAAGGACAACAGUGGAAA